AUGAAUGAGCAAGGCAGCAGUAAAGAGCAAGACAAAAAUCACCAAUUCCCCAGUGACCGGGUUGUAUAUUCAGUGCUGCCUACGGCUCCAUGUGCCUCCCCACAGAAAGUGCGUUUUGAAAUCGGAAAAAGACUCUUAGAACUGGGGGAACAGGACAGUGUCAGGAUGCAGGAGGAUCCAGUAAACCAGGGCUUCCUUCACCUCGUCCACACUAACAUGUGUGUUGUGUUUUUCAGAAUGAUAAUAAAGAAGAAGGAAAAAGAACUUCAUGAGGAAACUGCCCAGAAAAAGAAAAAGGUGAAAAGUAGUGGGAGACAAACAGUGGUUAAAAUUGAGCAAGAUGAUCAGAGUGUCAUUAAAACUGAGGAUGACGACUGGUUUGAGACAAAGGUAAAAACGAACGGAAGUAGAAUUUUAAAAGAGGAUGAAUGUUUAGACCAAUUAAAAUUGAAGAAGAAGAAAAACAAAAAAAAGAAAGCUUACUCCGAGUUACAGGAAGAAGCACAUCCUGAAAGCUUGGUGAAUGUAGAAAGACAUCUGGAUUUAGAACCACAAGAAGAAUCAGAGGAACAAAUUAAAAUUGUCAAAAAGAAGAAAAAAAAAGACCAACGUCAUUCUGUCUUGUCAUUAGAGAAUAAUGAGCGUAGUGAUGAAGCUGUUUCAAAUCAUCAGGCAGGUGGCACGCCGGAAAAUGAAUUUGCUUUCAAGAAAAGCAGAAAGAACAUUGCUUUGAAUUUGGAAUGGGAUGGCGAAGUAACUAAGAAAAAAAAGAAAGGCAUUUUUUCCCUAGCAUUAGAGGACUACCAGGACAAUGAACAAAAACAAUCAAAAAAAGAUCUUAAAAAACACAAAAACAUGUCACAAGAAAUAGAUGCUACCGGCAAAAACAGUGGAACAGAUAAUGCCCAGAAUGAUGAGGAGAGUUAUGCGAGGAGAAAGAAGAAAAAGAAGAAAAAAGAUAAGCCAGUCUCCUCUUUACCAGUGGCCUGUCAUCAGGACAACAUCCAUGGAGUUCAUGAUAGCCACACUGCAAUAAACGAUUUCAAAAAAAGGAAAAGAAAGAAUUCCCAGGAGUUUACAUUCACGAACAAAGAAGAAGAGGAUAACACUGAAAGCCCUGAAAGCUUUAGAGAGACAACGAAGAAGAAGAAGAAGAAAAGCAAAGAUGUUUCCUCUUCAAUACCUGAAGAUAAUCAGGACUACGGUGCUAGAGUUCCUCAUGAGCAUCUUCCUGCACAGCAAGAAGUUGAGUCUGGAGAAGAGGAACUUUCUGGAAAAAAAGAAAAAAUAAUCCUACCAGAAAGCAAUGAAAAGAACAAGGACAGUGAAGCCAAACUAGCUAAGUGCGUUACAGGGGAUGCCGCAGAGAGAGCUCUGUGUAAUUACAAUCCUUUGCUCUCUGACAAAAAUGCUAAAAAAAGAAAAAAAGUGCAACAGGAUUCUGCUCAAGAACCAGGUUCAAAACCAAAUACAAAAAAGAAAAAGAUGAAAAGAGAAAACCCGGAAAAUGAGGCCUUGGAACAUAUGGAUGAUGUAACUAUUGUGCAGGAAAAAAAAGGAAACUGUGAUGAAAUUAAUAUAGACAAGGUGAGACGGCAAGCUCUGCAAGAAGAAAUCGAUAGAGAAUCUGGCAAAACGAAGGUUUUCAGUACCAAAGUGGAACCGGAUACAAAGUUUGGCCAGUGGAGUACAGCUGCUUUUCAAAGUCCUGACCGAGGAAUGAAAUUUCUUAGACUGAUGGGGGGUUUUAAAAAGGGCUCUGUGCCCACCCAAGGUCUCACAGCGACUGCAAACAAACCAAACAUGGCUCUGAACAGGGAAGGGGAGGAGAAGUUGCAGCAGGCCCUGAAAGUGGAAUUUGAUAAAGCAAUGGACUUGAAGCAACACAGAAGAAUUGGUCUUGGAUUCCAACCUGCUGCCAACAAAAAAGUGUACAUAGACAAAUACACAUCUAGAUCUAUAAAAUUUCAAGAUUAAGCUCUUAAAUAAUAUAAAAUUAAAAUUCA